GACUACGAGUCCGAGACCAUCUCCGUGGAGCAUGCCAAGUCCUUCUUGGUGGACGAGAAGAUCCCCCAGGGGUUUAAGAAAAGCGACAAACCUAUCUCGACGGCGACGGCAUUCUAUCUGGCCGCGCAGAUUAAGCUCUUGGCAUCACUUGGGUGGGGAGGAGUAGCGGAGACGGAGUGACGGAACGAUGCAUCGGUUGAGAUUCGUGAGAAUUGAGACGAAAUUGAUGUUUUGCCUGGCUUAGGAGCUGUCAUUGUGUUUUACGACGCAGUAUCUCAGCAUUAUACGUGUGCGUUGGUACUUCAUACGCAAAUGAAGCCUUGCAUGUACUUUGUCAAGGUAAGGUUUCACCCUCUUUCUACUGAUCUGCUAAACGCGAAACGAGCUGACGCGAAGAUACAGUUGAACAGAUUUAUUGGAGUCAACGCGUUUCGCGUUACGUGUCGGGAGGCUAACUUGGCCCUUUCGUCCUGUCAUUUUGUCUUUCGCUCAGCGGUGCACACUGACGGCAGCUACAAAGCACCAUCAUGCGUCGCUGUUGCUCGGUGCCACUACUAACAUUAUGGAGUGUUUUCACGCUUCCCUCAGCUGUCUGGCCAAUGGAUGGGGGUCCGAGAUAACGAGCUCGACCCUCUCAAGCCAUUCCGGUGUAUCAGCCAAGAGGAUGUUACGAAUUGCCAGCUACACCGUCAGCGAUGAAGAGAGGGUGCCCGGCACUUCCAGCCUCGAGAGCCUCGUGGGUGCGUUCAAGGCACUAAAAGUCUCCCCGCAGACAAUCAAGAACUGGAUGAAGAAAGGGAACUUUGCGGACGAAUCCUUCGAGGCCCUAAAGCUUGACAAGACACUUGAUACGCUGAUCGAUAACCCGCAGUUCACCGCGAGGGUCAAGUACGUGGACGAUUUCAACGAGCAGCACCCAAAGAAGCAACUUUCGAUCUACCGAACCUUGAAAAAGCACUACACGGAUGACGCUUUGCUCCAGACGAUUGAAAAGGCGAAGUUAUCUCCGGAGACGGAGAGGAUCGCCGCGAUACUGCAAGGCGAACAACUCCAAGAGUGGUCGCGGAUCGGAUAUUGGCCUGGCGCCGUGUAUCGCUUUCUGUUCAAGCAGCACUCCUAUGACGGUAUUUUUGCGAGCAUCAACUGGAAAAUCUGGACCAAGUACUUGGACGAUUAUAAUGCGAUGCAUUCUGCGAAACAGGUCUCGAUGUACCAGGUACUCAAAGCUCACUAUGCUGACGAAGGGUUGGUUAAAGUGCUUGAAAAGGCGGAGUUAGCCCCAGAGACGAAGAAGCUUGCCUCGAGAUUACAUGCUGAGCAGCUCCAUGACUGGCUUAGAAGCGGGUAUUCGCCUGAGAACGUCUACCUCCUCUUGUUCAAACGUCGUUUGUACGAAGAUACGUUUGCCAGUCCAGCCUGGAGCACGUGGACCAAGUACCUGGGAAAUUACAAUAUGCUGUACCCUGAAAAGAAGAUGACUCUGUUCGCGGCACUGAGAGAGCUGUACACUGAGCACCGUGUGCUGACAAUGAUCAACCAUGCUAAGAGGUCAAUGAGUACGAAAAGUAUCGGCCUCAAGUUGGAAAAGGACAGUCUCAAUUUUGGCUGGACGAACGUCAUUCUCCCCGUGAUUUGUUCAGCUCAGCGUUUCAGCUCAGUACGGCGGGAACGAAGCUCUUCGACGAUCCGAACUGGAGCACUUGGGUCAAGUACGUCGAUGACCUGAACAAAAAAUACAACGAGCACACGUUGAUGGCCCCGAUACUCACGGAGUAUUAUGGCGACCAAGGCUUGUCUACAAUUCUGGAGGCUGCCAAGAAGAACCGCAGCACGGAGAAACUCGCGUCUAGAUUGCAGAGUCAGCAGUUCCGGGAGUGGCUGAACGAGGGCCAUUCGCCAGACUACGUCUUCUACAAAGUGCUGGAUAUUCAGACGACAGACAAGCUCCUGGAAAGCCCUUUGUUCAACACGUGGCACAUGUACAUGCACUACUACAACGCGAGGAUGCCCAGCAAGCAAAUUACUGUGAUCGAGGCAUUGUCUCAUCAGUUCUUCCCCGAGUCGGUGUGGGAAAUGAUUCAAUCAGCGAAAUCGGUUCCGAACACGAAGCACUUCGCGAAUAGUUUGGAGGCGUCACUGCGAAACAAACUGCUAUCGGAGAAAAUGGAGCCCAGCCAAGUCGCAAUGGCGUUAAAUAUGCGCUCGACGGCGGAUGACGUCUUCUUGGAAAGAUACACCGCAGAGUUGAGGAAGUUGUAUGGCUGAAAGUCAUGAUGUGAGAGCCACGACACUUUGCAGCAGCUAGCAUAGAAUUCGGCGGUUACAUGAGAGAGAGCGUAACAAGUAGUUGUAUACAAGCAUAACACAGCUCUAGCGUUAAGGCCCAUUGGAGCAGCAUUAAUUUUUUUUACAUACGACUGCCGCGGGUAUCGCUGCAUUCAUAUCGUUUGACACUUCCAGCGUCGAUGAAUCUCGUGAAUGCGUACUUACAAAGCGAUUAAUGCACCCCCUAGACUAUCAAAGGCUGAAUGAAGAAAGGAACUUUGUGGACGAAUUCUUUGAGGUUCCAAGGUCUGAUACUGUAGUACUCGUACUUCGUAAGACAUUUAGCGGCUGAAAUGAUGAGCAGCCUGCUCAUCAAUAGCCCGCAGCUCACCACGUUGGUUCAGUAUGCGCACGAUUUCAACGAGCAGCACCUCAAAAAGCAAAUCUCGAUCUACCGAACCUUGAAAAGACACGAUUGAGAAAGUGAGGGAGGCUCAGCACAACUGCAGCAGCGAAAGCUUUUACUACUAGUAUACCUAGCGGAGCGCUACUAAGUACUACUCGUUCUACUUGAAUGGUACUGCGAGAAUGAGCUCGUUGGCUGUAUGCAAACCAGUCUAGUGAAGCACAGGGUAAAUGUACGUGUCGUAUGCGUCCUUGAAAGAGCAGCUCUCAUCAUCGCGGGACCAGCACACGUGCGUCACGUUAUCGGCAGUCACCAAGAACAGGCCGCCGCGUUCGUCAAGCGUGCGAAGGCCAAACGUGUCCGACGUGUACUCGAGCGUGUCCUUCAUGUCGACGACCGAGAGGCUGCUGAAGUUCGUCUCGAUCUCGUUCACCGACUUGACUUCCGAGUAUCGCCCGAAGAUCGACGACUGCCACGGCGUAAUGGUUCCAUCCUCGGGUGAGAUGAAGAAGUAGGCGGACUCGAGCUUCAAGAAGUUGGUCUUGCGACGAUGCUGGUCGUAGACGCACUGGCCAUUUCCAGGCAGACACGGGUUCACGUUGUUCAGGACGGGCAGGAAGAUGUUGGAGGAUGCCCAGCAACCGAACUGUGGGGAGCGCUGCAGAUUGAAGUACGAGUAUUGAUACUGCACCUCCGGGUUCUCGAGCGUGAACUGGACAAUGUCGCGCUCAAGUUUCCCGUAGACAUCCUCGGACGAGUACUUGCUGAAGUUGUAGACCUCGGCCGGAACGAUGAAGUUCAGGUAACUGGGUCCUGAAGCCGCGAGUGCGUCCGCAUCGUCGGGUCCGUUGAAGAUGCCAUUCUGAACGCCGGCCAAGCUGAUGUAGCGUUUCACUUGGUGGUCGUCCAUUUCCUCGAUCACAGCUCGUGAGAUGGCGCCGCCCUGUGAGUGAGUGAUGAAGAUGUAGCCAUCGUCGAACACGGAGUUGUUGGCCACCGUCUCCCGCACGGCGGCGACAGCGAGCGGGACUUGCUUCACGAGAGACUCGAACGAGCAGGAGGAGUCGCAGAAGGAGAGCGACACAACCGUGCGGCCUUCAGCAGUGAGAUUCGCCACGUAGUUGUCUCCAGCGGUGUAGUCGUCGGAGAGGCCGUGGAAGAAGAAGACAGGCAGCUUGACACAUCGGUGGCGGCGACAGCGCUUUGGACAGUAGCGGCUGCUAGUCCGAGGAGAGGCGCGCAGAGCUUCAUCGAUGGCGUCGGUGGGGUGCUCGGUGUUGAUUCACGGUGCGGAUAAUGAGCUCGAGGUCAUUGCAACAACGCUGGUUGGGUGGAUACUGUAGAACACUUGAAGGUUCAAGGACCAACCCUUCCCGGUGCACGAACUCCAUGAUGACACUCCGUCGUCUUUCUCACUCGGCUAAAUUGGCGAGUAUGAUAGGAACGUUGGAGCGGAUCUCUCAGCUGACGCGACCCCACUUCAAGAGCCAGUAUUGCCUGCUUCCCGUAAUUCCAGCACAAGGCAGAUUCUUCAACCAUGUAUCUCGUCACCACAGAAAACCAUAUGAACACACACAAAUAAAGCCUACGAGAACCACUAAUCUUGCACCAGGUAGGAUACCUUACCCAGAGACUGCCCAGACAGCAAGCAAAUCUGUGACGUGUGGCCAACAUGUAUCCAUGUACCGUAAAAUCGGUACGUUUUUGACUCGUACUUAGUCCCGCUAUGAGCUUCAUCGCCACGCACGUCGCCUCUCGACCUCAGAUCUGCUGGCGUUAGUGUCAUAUUGCUGCCCAUGCGUCCGUCGCUCGUGCUGCGCCGCGCGCCUCGCGCCGCCAGCCUCCUGCGCAGUCUGUCGACGGCCUCUUCGUCCUCCGGCGCUGCGUCCUCAAGCGCCGGCUCCACGACGCACUUCGGCUUCCAGCAGGUGCCUGAGGAGGACAAGGAGCGGAUGGUGGCGUCCGUCUUCCACAAUGUGGCCGAGCGGUAGGCAUAUGCUACAGAAUCUCUAAUUUUAUAUCGAUAUGACCGAAUACGUUUCUCAUAUCUUGUUAUGACGACUUGCUAGAUAUGACGUGAUGAACGACUUUAUGAGCGGCGGCAUGCACCGCGUCUGGAAGGACUCGUUCGUGGACACGCUGCACCCCGUGGGACCUCUCAAGU